UAAUUUCGAUCGUAUCGAAAAAUUUAAUACUCUUCUGAAGCUUUGUAUUGUAAAGGAGUGAAUAAUACUAGCAGUUUGUUUGUAAAUAAUAUACGUUUGUAAUUAAAAAGUAAAUCUAAUGGUUAUCAGUUUGACUUGGCGUGAAAUUGCUAUUCUGGUAUUCGUGUGCUGUACUUGGCUGCACGUUGGGUAUUUAAGCUGGAAAUUGUCUACAAAGUUGUCCAACAAUGCCGCUAACCGCUGACGUUGCGGCACAACAAGUGCAGGAACGACUUAGAGCACUGCAUAGGCUGAUAUAUGAAAUUGAAGCAGAAAGGGGCCGCAAUGAACAAUGCAUAGAGUCCAUAUUAAAGGCAGAAAAAGCAGCUGAGCCUCCAACAUCAAAUGAGGAUUCGUCUGGAUCAUCCCAACAGCAAAUGCAACUGAAAAGCUUGUACAAAGCGGGACUUGCAGCGGCCGAACAGGAAGAAAGGGUGCUCCGCGCGGCUCUCAAUCGGAUAUACGAAAUUCGAAGUAUUAAGAAUGAGCGACGCAUUCAGGCGCGGCACGCCGGCAACAAGGAAACAAUCGGGUGCGGGGCGCUCAUGAAGAUGCUCCUGUCCGCCGCGGCCACGCUCCCGCUGCACGUGGGGCGCGGCGGGGGCGGGGGCGGGGGCGGGGAGCGUGCGCCCGCGCUGUGCGGCGCCGUGCCCGCCGACCCCGGCCACGUGGCGCGCCCCGGCGACGCCGUGGCCGCGCUAGUGCGCGUCUCCGACAAGGAGGAGAACUGGAUCCUGGCUGAGGUAGUGAGCUGGCUGCCGGCGCAGGGCAAGUACGAGGUGGACGACAUUGAUGAGGAGCAGAAGAACCGUCACGUCCUAAGCAAGCGGCGCGUCGUCCCGCUGCCCCUCAUGCGCGCCGAUCCGCGCACCGACGAGCACGCGCUGUUCCCUAAGGGCGCCGUGGUAAUGGCGCUGUACCCGCAGACGACGUGUUUCUACCGCGCCGUCGUCAACCGCCUGCCCGCCUCUGCCGCCGACCCCUACGAGGUUUUGUUUGAAGACUCGUCGUAUGCGGACGGGUACUCGCCGCCGGAGCGCGUGGCGCAGCGCUACGUGAUCGCCAUCAAGGAGGGCAAGGGCCGCGCCACCUGACCCGCGGCCGCGCCCCAGCGCCAGCGCGCCGGGACCGACUCCGCCUCCGUGCACUCCGGCGACUCCCUGCUUUAAGGCUCGCUUUCAUUGGUGGCGGUGGCUGCCCGCAGGCGGUGCAACUAGUGAAACUCAUAAGUCGAUAACUCCCCGUAGGCGGUAAAACUACUAGUAAAACUCUUAAUGGUACGCGUUGUGGAAAUCUCCCGCACGCCCGCACCCGGGCCCUAUAUAUCGACCAAUGAAAACAGUUCCCCGGCUGAGGGACCUAUAGCAUGCUUUAUUUUAUGGAAACAGUACGCAACGCAAGUUACGCAAGCGAUCAGAUCAGAGGGUUAUUGCGCUAGUUUCCGUCCAGCUCUAGUUUUCGUCCAUUUGACGGAGUAGCGACUAUGUUGUGCUUAAAUACCAAAUAGGUUUCAAUGUAUUUUAUGCUCUGUAGUAGUUCGCUAUUUGAAAAUAGUCCGUGCAUUUCCUUUAUACAUAUAUUAGGUUAUGGGCCCAGCACGCUUCCAAGCGGCACGUCGU